AUGCUCGACCGCAUCCUCGUUCACCUCGGCCUCUUGGCCUCCCUCGCCACCGGCCGCGUCCUUGACAGUCUGCCUCGUCCUCCAAGAGGCUGGUCGUACUCGCACGCGGCAGACCCCACGGAGCCGCUGACGCUCCGCAUCGCCCUCCGGCAGCAGAAGGCGGCGGCCCUGGAGCAGGUGGUGCUGCAGGUCUCGGACCCGAGGCACGCCAAGUACGGGCAGCACCUGACGCACGACGAGCUGCGGUCCUACACGGCCCCGACACCGCGAGCGGUCCGCAGCGUGACGUCGUGGCUGGUCGAGAAUGGCGUCGACGACUACAGCGUCGAGCACGACUGGGUGACGCUGCGCACGACGGUCGGGACGGCCGACAGACUGCUCGGCGCCGACUUUGGCUGGUACGCCGGACCGGGCGAGACGAUGCAGCUGCGGACGCUCUCGUACGGCGUCGACGACGCGGUGGCGCCGCACGUAGACCUCGUGCAGCCCACGACGCGGUUCGGCGGGCCCGUCGGCCAGGCGUCGCACAUCUUCAGGCAGGACGACGUUGACGAGGAGCAGCUGAAGGCGCUGACGGUCGGCUUUCAGGUCAUGGCUGACCCGCCGGCCACGGGGCCCGGGUCGGUCAAGGCUGCAUGCAACGAGUCGGGCGUGACGCCCCUGUGCCUGCGGACGCUGUACAGGGUCAACUACAAGCCUGCAAACACUGGGAACCUGGUCGCUUUCGCGUCCUUCCUGGAGCAGUACGCUAGGUACAGCGACCAGCAGGCAUUCAUACAGCGUGUGCUCGGGCCGGGCGUUCCGUUGCAGAACUUUUCCGUCGAAACAAUCAACGGAGGAGCCAACGACCAGCAGAGCAAGCUUGACAGCGGCGAGGCAAACCUGGAUCUGCAGUACGUCAUGGCAAUGAGCCAUCCUAUUCCCAUCCUGGAGUACAGCACUGGAGGUAGAGGGCCACUCGUCCCAACCUUGGACCAGCCCAACGCCACCGACAACAACAACGAGCCUUACCUCGAGUUCCUGACCUACCUCCUGGCCCAGCCCGACUCAGCCCUGCCCCAGACCCUCUCGGUGUCGUACGGCGAGGAGGAGCAGUCGGUGCCGCGCGACUAUGCCCUCAAGGUUUGCAACAUGUUCAUGCAGCUCGGCGCCCGCGGCGUCUCGGUCAUGUUUUCGUCUGGCGACUCGGGCCCGGGUAACGACUGCGUCCGGUCCUCGGACAACGCGACCUUUUUCGGCUCGACCUUCCCCGCGGGCUGUCCCUACGUCACGUCGGUCGGCGCCACCGUCGGCUUCGAGCCCGAGCGGGCCGUCUCCUUUUCCUCGGGCGGCUUCAGCAUCUACCACGCCCGGCCCGACUACCAGAACGACGUGGUGCCAAAGUACAUCGAGUCGAUCAAGGCCUCGGGCUACGAACGCUUCUUUGACGGGAACGGCCGCGGCAUCCCGGACGUGUCUGCCCAGGGCACCCGCUUCGUCGUCAUCGACAAGGGUCGCGUCGCUCUGAUUUCCGGGACCAGCGCCAGCUCGCCUCUGUUUGCCGGCAUGGUGGCGCUCGUCAACGCCGCCCGCAAGACGAAGGGCAUGCCGGCCUUGGGCUUCCUCAAUCCCAUGCUGUACCAGAACGCCGCGGCCAUGACGGACAUUGUCAACGGCGCUGGCAUCGGCUGCCGCAAGCAGCGUACCGAGUUCCCUGAAGGCGCCAAAUUCAACGCCACGGCGGGCUGGGAUCCCGUCACGGGGCUGGGGACGCCGCUCUUUGACAAGCUGCUGGCGGUCGGCGCGCCUGGAGUGCCCAACGCGUGA